GUAAUCUUGACGCUCCUAGGCACCGAUCCUUCCCUCAAGGCUGCCCUGUUGGCCUCGCAUUUGGAUGUGGUGCCAAUUGCUAAUCCAGAGGCCUGGUCACAUGAGCCCUUUGCUGCUGAGGAGACUGAAGGCUAUAUUUACGGCCGUGGAACUUUGGAUGACAAGUUUGGCGUUUUUUCGCUUUUGGAAAAUAUGGAACACCUGUUGCAACAUCAUGGUCUGGAUCACCAGCCCCGGCGCACUGUCAUCGUGGCCUUUGGGCACGAUGAGGAGGUUUCCGGACCGGAGGGUGCAGCCGCGCUGGGCCGACUUGUGGCCGAAGAAGGCCACGGCAUCGAGUUUGUCAUGGAUGAAGGCCUACCCAUUUCCGACGGCCUGAUUCCAGGUAUCGCUCGACCAGUGGCGCUGAUUGGCGUCGCAGAGAAAGGAUUUCUGACGCUCGAGGCAACGGUCGAUCUCCCGGACGAAGAAGCUGGGCAUUCAGCCCGACCACCGCAAGAACAAGCUAUUGGAAUUCUCGCGCAAGGCUUGGCCAAACUCCACCAGCAUCGUCACCCAGCCAGCCUAUCCCCGGCCGUCACGGACAUGUUCGAUCACCUGAUCACUGAGAUGAGCUUUGAACGCCGUUUGGUGAUGGCCAACCGAUGGCUGCUGCAACCUGUCCUUCAGUGGGUUCUCAGUCGCUCGCCCAAUACCGACACGCUGCUGCGCACAACAACGGCUCUGACGAUGCUAAAUGCAGGCAUUAAGGCGAAUGUCCUGCCCAACCGAGCCACCGCUACCAUCAACCAUCGCAUCAUUGUGGGUGACACCAUCGAAGCCGUCAUUGCACGUGAUAAGGCCAUUGUGAAUGAUGAGCGUAUCAAAUUUACCGUUGCGGAUGGCAACGAACCAUCGUUUGUCUCCUCCUGCGACGUCCCAGGCUUCAAGAUGAUUGAACGCUCCAUCCGACAGACGUGGCCCGAUUAUGCCGUUUCCCCUGGCUUGAUGGUUGCUGGAACCGACACAAAGCACUACCUGCAUCUAACCCCCAAUGUUUAUCGCGUUCUUCCAAUCAAAAUGACGACCCCGGACCUGGGCCGGCUACACGGCCCAAACGAACGCGUGGCGCUCUCGGCAUUGCAAGAGGUGCUCGACUUUUACGCCCACCUCUUUGACAAC